UGUCUCUCUAUGAUUGGCCAUGGAGAUCCACAUUGUUGACACUUUGAAUCUCGAUUAAGUUUCCAUAACUGCCAGACGUGAAUUUGUCAAAUUUCUUCAUCAAGAAUUCAAUAAUUUCAAUCCAACUCCCACCCCAUAUCGAAUUCUCUCCAUAACUGCAAAUCCACGUAAUGUCUUACUAGUUUUCAAUAAUGUAUCCACAUGCCAUGCCAUCCUUAUCAUCGUCUUCUUCCUUUUAAAUUCUAAAUUUAUAACUCUUUUUCAAGCUUUUCCCAGAUCCCAGAAAAAUCCCUUUUUUUUUUUUUCAUACAUGGCUUCUCUGAAUUUGAGUCACAUCAUCAGAGGCAACUCCACCAUUGCUGAGUUCCCUUUAACUCGUCCUGCUCGACCCAGUUUGAGUUUACCCUGUGCCCGAGUUGGGUUCAGAGUGUUUGGUCAAGCUCUGGCUUCUUCAGAGCCGGAUUUGAGUGUUGAAGUAAAUGGACUUCACUUGCCCAACCCGUUCGUUAUUGGGUCGGGUCCUCCUGGAACCAAUUAUACUGUUAUGAAGAGAGCCUUUGAUGAAGGCUGGGGCGCCGUGAUCGCUAAAACUGUUUCAUUAGAUGCAGCAAAGGUUAUAAAUGUAACGCCCAGAUAUGCCCGCUUGAGAGUGGACGGAAAUGGCUCUGCCAAAGGGCAGAUUAUAGGAUGGGAAAACAUAGAACUUAUAAGUGACAGGCCAUUUGAGACAAUGCUGAAAGAAUUUAAGCAAUUGAAGGAAGAGUACCCGGAUAGGAUUCUCAUUGCUUCAAUUAUGGAGGAGUAUAACAAGGUUGCUUGGGAGGAGCUUAUUGAUCGAGUUGAACAAACCGGGAUUGAUGCUAUUGAAGUUAAUUUCUCAUGCCCUCACGGAAUGCCGGAGCGACAAAUGGGGGCAGCUGUUGGCCAAGAUUGCGGGCUGCUGGAAGAGGUUUGUGGAUGGAUAAAUGCAAAAGCUAGCGUACCUGUGUGGGCGAAGAUGACUCCUAACAUUACUGACAUUACUGAGCCGGCGAGGGUGGCUCUGAGAUCAGGAUGUGAGGGGAUAGCAGCUAUUAACACAAUCAUGAGUGUUAUGGGAAUCAAUCUUAAGACUUUGCGGCCUGAACCUUGUGUCGAGGGAUACUCUACUCCUGGAGGCUACUCUUGCAAGGCAGUCCAUCCUAUUGCACUGGGAAAAGUGAUGAGUAUUGCAAAAAUGAUGAAGGCCGAAUUUAAUGAUGGGGAUUACUCACUUUCCGGCAUUGGAGGUGUUGAGAAAGGUGCAGAUGCUGCUGAAUUUAUUCUUCUUGGAGCAAAUACUGUUCAGGUAUGCACUGGCGUUAUGAUGCACGGAUAUCCCCUCGUUAAGAAACUGUGCGAAGAGUUAAAGGACUUCAUGAGAUCACACAGUUUCUCCACCAUAGACGAUUUUCGAGGGGUCUCUCUACAGUAUUUCACAACCCACACAGACUUAGUUCAGCGACAACAAGAAGCGAUCCGACAGAGGAAAGCGGUGAAGAAAGGCUUGCAGUCUGACAAAGAUUGGACUGGGGAUGGCUUUGUGAGUGAGACAGAAAGCAUGGUUUCAAACUGAUUUUCCCAACUGCUAUCAGCCCUUUGCUCUUGUAUCAUUCAAGUAAACUGGGCUCCAACUCCAAACUCAUAUCUUCUGGUCAGUUGAGGCUAACUUGACUGUAUAAAUAACAGUAAACGUUCAUAUAUGUCAAGCAGUAACUAUUUUCAAAUUUAUCAAAAUCAUGUUCAAGCAUUCAGAUUCUGGGAAUCGGUUUAGUCUUACAAUAAUUGGAAUAGUAGUUUUGGUUCA